AUGUUGUCGCCUUCUCCUCUCACAAGAGUCAUUGCACUCAUACUGUUGAUAGUGGUCACCACUAGUGGUACAAUGGUCAUUGCUCAAGCUGACAAGAAGAAUUGGGAACGAAAAGCUAACAUGAUAACAAAACGUAGUGAUUUAUCUGCUCAAACGAUUGGAAAUUUAAUUUAUUUAACGGGAGGCUGUGUUAGCUCUCAAUCCAUUGCUAAGGAUUCUUCAUGUCCAAGCAUUACCAAUACGAUGGAAAUUUACAACCCUACAACUAAAACAUUUUCGUCUGGACCAGUGAUGCCCAGAGCACGAUACAGACACACAACUGUUGCUGUUGCUCAGCGAUACAUGUUCGUCAUUGGUGGCAGAGAUUUGCAGGAUAAUAUCAUUCAACCUGUGGACAUCUUUGAUACUGUCACAUCCAAAUGGACAACUCAUCCAAAUGCUUCCUUAACUUCCGAAUGUUGCUCAGAUUCAAUUGCGUUUGUGUUGAAAGACACUGCCACUGGACUUGAUAAUAUUUACCUUCCAGGUGGAUACUUUGCUAAUUACAGCGCUUCAAAUGAAGUGUUAAUUUUGAAAACUAGGAAUACCAAUAAUGAAGGAACAUUCCAAAGGGGAUUGGUAUCAAAUAUUAAUACUAAGAGAGGAGAUUCCAUGACUCUGACGUAUAAUAAUAGGGGAUACGUCAUUGGAGGAUUUUUAGAAGGCGAUUUUUGCAAUCCAACUGGAAUUGUUGAAAUGUAUGACCCUUCACAAAAUAAGUGGACCACCCAAAAACCCUUGGCUCAUGCUAGAGGAGAUGGUGCUGCAAUCAUGAUUGACGCAAAUUUAUUUGUCCUAGGUGGAGAGACGAAGGAUAAAUCAUGCAACUUUUCUGUUCCCGUUGCUGAUGUUGAGAAGUUUGACUUGCGUACUUCGUCAUGGAGUGAUUUUGUUUCUUUGCCAACAGUACGAUUUAGACAAACAGGAGAAAUUUUCGGCGAGGUUAUGUAUGUUUUUGGAGGUCAAAUUGAGAACUCUACUGCUAAGGAAUACACUGUUUUGGACUGGGUUUAUGCUUUCAAUUUCACAAAUGUCACAUAUGCGAGAGUGAGUCAGGCAAACGUGGCCACUCCGUUUUGGUGGUGUGUGUUUACAUUACUGCUCUGUGUAAUGGUGAGCUUGUUAGGUUUUUAA